AUGUACCAGUGCCAGAACCAGUUCAAGUGCCAGGGGGGCCAGAACCAGUUCAUGUACCAGUGCCAGAACCAGUUCAUGUACCAGUGCCAGAACCAGUUCAAGUGCCCGGGGGGCCAGAACCAGUUCAUGUACCAGUGCCAGAACCAGUUCAUGUACCAGUGCCAGAACCAGUUCAUGUACCAGUGCCAGAACCAGUUCAUGUACCAGUGCCAGAACCAGUUCAUGUACCAGUGCCAGAACCAGUUCAUGUACCAGUGCCAGAACCAGUUCAUGUACCAGUGCCAGAACCAGUUCAUGUACCAGUGCCAGAACCAGUUCAUGUACCAGUGCCAGAACCAUUUCAAGUGCCAAAGGCAGCGUCAGCACAUUGAAGAGGGGAAAAAUAUUAUCUCUACCUGA